AACGAUCGAAAAUGAAGUACUGUCUACCAAAAGUUCUUCAAAAAUCAAAAUACUCUAACCACACUUGCUCGAACUUAAAUAAAAGUAAGUACUACGAAAUGAAAAAUAAUACGAAAAUAAAAAAAUUCCCCAAAUUGCUUCCUCGCACGGAGGUGGUUCCGGAGGAGCGCGAGCUGCUAUAGUAUGGUAGAAGAGAAUUUCAACCCCCGAAAAAUUCGUUUGUAACCAUAUUCUUCUUGCAUUCGCCAAUUUGUUCUCGCCAAUUCACUCCUUGAGAUUUGCCAUUGACAUCCAUGUCCGAGGUGCAAAAGACUAUUCUAUCAUGUUGCUUUGUGAUUCUUCGUCCACAAAAAUCCAAGCCGCACCCGGCCCACCGCCCUUGUGUUCCGCUCACGUUCCGAAACUCCAAAGCUGCACGAAACUCUCGUUCCAUGAAAAACUCAGCCGCACGAACAAAGCUUGAUCGACGGAACAGAAACUCUAACAGGUGUAGGGAAGACGGCCGCUCCUCAAAAGAAUCGAUAGCGGAGAAGAAAACUCUAGCGGCCGAAAUCCACCCUAAAGAGAUGAGGUCUGGCUAUGCCGUGCGGAUUAAAGCAAAAUCAAUUCAAAUUAGAAAACCCUCCGGCCUGCACUCCUGAAUUUUUUAUUAGUUUCCAAUAUUUUUAUCGAUCAUUGCGGAUACAAUUUCAUCAUGAACUUCAUACAAUCAAACACGGAGAAAUUUAUUAAAAC